UGUUUUGUUGCCUACUGCUGGUCGCGCUCGUUGCUUAUCGACUUGGUAUUUAUCGAGCGUUUACCGUUCAUCGUUCGAUUUUCGCUCGCCGAAAUGAACAGAUCGUUCAAGUACGACAUGACCACUUUGAUUGAACUGGUGAGAAACAGGCCCGCCAUCUGGGAUCACACCAUGGACGUCUUCAAGGACCGCACGGAGAAGCAGAGGGCCUGGGAGGAGAUCUGCGUCGUUUUGGAGAAGGAUUUCUUCACGAAGGACAAGACGGAGCAGAGGAGGAUUGGGGAACAAAUUCACGGAAAGUGGCAAAACGUCAGAGACGCCUUUGUCAAGUCCUUAAAAAAACGAUCCGUCCAUCCCACCGUAAGAACGUACCUGUACCAUGAAAAACUCCAAUUCCUGAUGAAGGUCCUCCAAAGAGACGGCGAAGAAUCGAGCCCACAUCUGCACAGCACCUCGGACGAAGCAAAAGCAGAAAGGACAGAAGAAUCGGUAUCGGCGAAGGUCGACGACGCCUGUAACAUUCGAAAAAGACUUCGACUUCAAGAGGACAUGGAUCAGGAGAUCCUGAAGGCCUUGCGAAGCACCAAAACCGCUCCGGACGAAGACGAGGCGUUUUUUAUUUCAAUAACUCCCACCGUGCAAAAAAUGUCCGAGGAGGAUAAAUUGGAAUUUCGGAUGGGCGUGCUACAGUUGAUAAAAGAUAUUAAUAGAAAAGGAAAAGACCUUGCGGAUUCAGCGUUUUUCUCUACGGGCAAUUCCUCAAGUUCCCACCCUCCCACGUCGUUUCAUCAUAAUCCGGAUUCAAAUGCCGACUCUGAUAAUUUCACCCAAGAAACGCAUUUGUUUAAAUGUGAAUAGGUGGAAUUUUUGUUUUCCGUGUCAUCAAUUUUUUUA